AUGUCUUCACGUCGUUCUCAGAAUUCCGCUGACCUCCAAUUUAAUGACAAUUGGGAGCGUUUGGCUCAGGCUAUUCGUGAAAUUCAUAAAAAAAAUGCGUCGAUCCUCAGUUUCGAAGAACUUUAUCGUAACGCAUACAACAUGGUCCUUCAUAAAAAUGGAGACAAAUUAUAUAACGGUGUAAGAGGAGUAAUUACACAACACUUGGAAGAAGUUGCUCAAGCACAGGUAGUACCGGCUUUCCCACUUUCAGGUGCAAGUAGUUCUCAAACUAACCCUAAUGGAGCUGGUGGUGCCAACUUCUUGAAAGUUUUAAAGAAUGUUUGGGAAGACCAUACUACUUGUAUGCUUAUGAUUAGAGAUAUUUUAAUGUAUAUGGAUCGGGUUUACGCAAAAACAGCAAACGUCCCCCUUGUCUAUGAUCUCGGUUUGGAACUUUUUAGAGACACAAUAGUCCGUUCACAGAAACACCCAAUUCAGAAUCACCUUCUUGAUGUGCUCUUACAACAAAUUAAACUUGAACGCGAAAAUGAAAUUAUAGAUCGUUCUAGCGUGAAAGCAUCAAUGGACAUGUUACUGGAGUUGACUGACGCGUCGACGAAAGAUACAGUAUAUGCUACAGAUUUCGAAGGUCGCUUUUUAGAAACAAGUUCUGAAUAUUAUAGAGUUGAAGGACAAAUGCUUGUAGGAGAAUGUGAUUCCCCAGAAUACAUGAAAAAGGUAGAAAAACGGCUGAUCGAAGAAGAGCAACGUGUACGGCACUAUCUUUCACCAUCUACAGAACCAAAAAUCCGUAGUAUUGUAGAAGAGGAACUAAUCUCAAAACAUCUUAAGACAGUAAUCGAAAUGGAAAAUUCCGGUUUAAUUCCUAUGUUAAGAAAUGAGAAGAUGGAUGAUCUUGGAAGAAUGUAUAAAUUAUUUGGACGAGUUUUAAAAGGUCAUGAGGAAAUGAAAUCCGCUAUUAGUGAACAUAUACGUGAACUUGGCAAAGCAAUAAAUGAAACAGUGUCAAGUAAUAUAUCUUCCGAAAGUAGUGGUGGGUCUGGAGAUAAACAAACAGGAGCUUCUGUCGCUAUAAAAUGGGUGCAGGAAGUUCUAGACCUUAAAGAUAAGUUUGAUAAGGUUCAAAAUUUAGCUUUAUCUAAUGAUAAGGCAUUCCAAACAUCAUUUAACGAGGCAUUUGAGCAUUUCAUCAACAAAAACUCCAAAUCACCCGAGUUUAUAUCAUUGUUUAUUGAUGAUAAUCUUAAAAAAGGGCUAAAAGGGAAAACGGAAGAAGAAGUUGAUAGUGUAUUGGAUAAAACCAUCACGUUAUUCCGUUUUAUUGGAGAAAAGGAUGUGUUCGAGCGAUAUUACAAACAACAUUUGGCCAAGCGAUUGUUGCUUGGUCGUAGUGUUAGUGAUGAUGCAGAAAGGGGUAUGAUAGGCAAACUUAAGGUGGAGUGCGGUUAUCAAUUUACCACUAAACUAGAGGGUAUGUUCAAUGAUAUGAGAAUAUCAGCUGAUACAAUGGCAGAUUUUAAAGACUUCUUGGAUAAGUCUGUCUUAGAGAAACCCAAAAUGGAUUUAGGCGUCACCGUCCUUACUUCAACGUUUUGGCCAAUGAACCUGUCUGCCAGUCCAAGGUGCAAUUUCCCAGCAGAAAUAACGAAGGCUUGUGAAACUUUCCAAAGGUUUUAUUUAGGUCGACAUAGUGGCCGUAGAUUAACGUGGCAAUCGAAUAUGGGUACAGCUGAUAUUCGAGGUUCAUUCAAAUCACGCAAGCACGAUUUAAACGUAUCAACGUAUCAAAUGGUUAUCUUACUUAUGUUCAAUGACUUACCCGAAGGAGAGUCUCUAUCAUAUGAGCAAAUUAAAGGUGAAAGCGAUAUUCCGGAGUCAGACCUCAAACGUAAUCUUCAGUCAUUAGCUUGUGCGAGAUAUAAAAUCCUUGUAAAAGAACCCAAAGGAAAAGAUAUCAAUCACGGGGACGUAUUUUAUUUCAAUUAUGAAUUUACAGCUCCAUACCAGCGUAUUAAAAUUCCAACAGUAGCUAGUAAAGUAGAAACUGAAGGCGAAAGAAAAGAAACACGAGAGAAAGUAGAGGAGGCUAGAAAACAUCAAACGGAGGCUGCUAUUGUAAGAAUUAUGAAGGAUAGGAAGACAAUGGAACAUAAUAAUUUAAUUGCAGAGGUUACAAGACAACUACAACCAAGGUUUGUACCAAUUCCAGCAUUGAUAAAGAAGAGAAUUGAAGCAUUAAUUGAACGAGAGUACUUGGAAAGAGCACCAGAUAGGUAA